AUGGGAAGCAAAGAAUUCAUUGUACUCUAUACUCAUCAGAAGACGAAAAAGUCAAAAGUGUGGCAAGAUGGAAUUCUGAAGAUAACCCACUUAGGAAAUAAAGCAAUUUUAUAUGAUGACAGAGGAGAGUGUCUGGAAAGCAUAUUCCUUAAGUACCUUGAGGUGAAACCUGGAGACGACUUAGAAAGUGAUCGUUACUUAAUCACGGUUGAGGAGGUUAAAGCUGCUGGAAGUGCAGCUGUUAAACAAGAUGUCAAAGAAACACCAGAAUUAAAUUCAAGGAGAUUUCUCUCUUCUGGCCAGUCCCUUGGGUGUCGGCCUGCUGGUUUAAAAAGGAAGUUUCCUGGCUUUCAAGGACCACGUCAAGUGCCAAAGAAAGUAGUUUCCACGGAAAAUGAUCAGGUUGCUGCAUCACCUGGUCCAACUUUGCUUCCUCCAUUCUACAGUACAUCUCCUUUAUUUUCUACUGCUGGAAAGAAAGCUAUAAUAAAUACUACAGCAAACCUUGAGAAUACUGUUGGUUGUAAGAACAGGGAGAAAAGUGGUAUCCCCUCUCCUCAUGUCUCCACGCCAUCCUUCCAGAUUAACGCAGAAGUGCUAUGUGGAGAAAAUUACUUUUGCACUCCAAACAACCCUACAGAAAAGCACUCAGAUUCUUUACUAGUCAGUAAGCCCAUGAAAAGAGAUGGUCAGGCAUCUGACUGUUCAGGAAUUUCACAAAACAUCAGGAGCAAAGCUCAGAUAUUAGCUCUUCUGAAAUCUAAAUCAACAGGUAUACAUAAAGAACUAAAUUCUGAAAUUGCAGAACAUUUCCCAAGAGUAGAACUGCAAGAAAGUUUAAAAAUUCCUGUUCAACCCACAUGUCUAAAUCAUCAAGAAAAAUGUGAAGUGAAGAACACAGAAAUAUCACACUACCAGCAUUGUUCAGAAAAUACCAUGAGAAAUAAAAGCCGCUGGGCAGUGUAUUUACCCUCAAAGAGUUCACCUGUACAUUGUUCUGAUUCAAAUGAAAGUGAUACAGAAAGAAAAUAUAAGACCCAAGGAAAUGAUACAAAUACAAAUAGGAAAGAUCUUUUGGUACAAGAGAAGAUACAGUUCUUUGAAACUCAUGCUGAAAUGGGGGAAAAGUAUCAUGUAGGUAAGCAAGCCGAUAAUAAGGCUCUAUCUUCCUGGGAUCAGAAAAUGAAUUUUGAAGUUUCCUCAGCCUAUGAAAAUGUUAGCUUAUCAGUUACGUGUAACAAUACAGAAAAUGAUGGCUCAUUAUCAGGACCUGAUAUUCAAGGAAUGAAUAGCAUGUCUUUUGAUCAUAAUGACCAGUCAUGCCUAAAAGGACCAAUUCUUAAUAGAGAAAAUUCUCCAGAGAUAAACAGACAUAAAACAUCAGAAAAAGAGUAUAAACAACCAGUGUCUCCUGUGCCAAAAGAGAAGCAUCUACAAACUGAAUCUUUUCAAAGUAAGGAUUUUAGCAUCUUUGAUGAUAGUGCGGACAUGUUUCCUAAAAGUAGUGCUAACAGUGAAGGAAUUAAUAGUAUUGAUGAAUCAAUGAAUAAUGUAACACAGUCAUUUUGGGGAGUAAAUUUUAAUCUGAGCAAUUUUGAGACUAGUGACACUGAGGAAGAAUCACAGGAAAGCAGCAAGAUUUCCCAGGAUUCUGAGUGUGUGCUGAAGGAAAUUUUGGUUAAUAACGGCAGUUCACGUGUUCAAAAGCUAAGUGAGGACAUAAGCUGUAAGGAAAUUGACAGUGAGCAUUUACCUCUCUUCACAUCUGUUGGUGGAAAACCUGUAGAAUCAUUACCUACUGAAGAAACUCUGCCAUCACAGCAUAGUACUAGAACGUGUGUGGAUUUUGAUACACUACCUUACAAAGCUGGAAAACAAACUGAGGAGGAAUACAGUGACACUUUAAGUCAUUUCAGUUCCUCUUUCAAUAAUGAGAAUCUUAAUGAAUCUACUCAGAAAGUAAAAAUUGACUGUGAUUUUACUUCACUCCUAAACAAAUCUCGAGAUACAAAAUCAGACUUAUAUAUUCAUCAGUUUUUAAACAAGACCAGUAAUCAGACUCCUGAAGAUAAUAGCUUAUUUUCAGAAGAUGCUCAACCUCAGCCUUUUAUUUUGGAAAGCAACUUCAACAAAAAUGAACUGAUUUUAUCAUCAACCUCUAGCAGUGAGAACAGUAUACAGCUAUUAAAUAUAAAUAAAAAUACCUCUGAGUAUAUUGUACUUGAUGAAUCAAAUAACCCUGUUUCCAAUUCUUCAUUUUACUCUCUGGGAAAAAAGUCUUUUUCCAAAGAAUCAGAAGCACAUAGUCUUGAAUAUGAAAAUAUAAGGACUGAGAAUUUACCCAAUGAGCACAUCCAGAUAGAAAGUGCUGGAGAUAGCAAAAUCUUUUGGAAUAAUAGUGAAAAUUCUUCAGGACUUUCUGGUAUAAUAAAUGACAUUUCACUUUUAAAAUCCCUAUCAGAACACAGUACAGCUUUAGAAAGCUUGGAAAUAAUGAAGAAAAAUAUACCUUCUAAACAACGAGAAGCUCAGCAGUUCCAUCCAUCGGAUAGCAGUCUUCAAGUAUCAUUGUACUUGAGGAUAUACUACUUCCUGAAACUGCUGAGCCUCAACCACUUCAUGUUGCUUGUUGAGUUUCAAGGGCACCAAGUGAAAGGAUCAGCUACUAGUCCUGCGAUGGUCAGAAAACACAGCUCACAGCUAAGCUGCAAUCUGUUUCCAGAUAGUGUUGAGUCUGAAAAAUUAAUGAGAUCCUCUUCUUGCUUUCCAACAUCAAAGUUGCCAAGCACAUGCAUGCAGAUUGACUUCUUACAGGUAAUUUCAUCACUGCAAAACAUCUCUACGUUGAGUCCUGUUUCUACUUUUCCUUUGACUUCAAGAGAUGAAAACUUCAUACCAGAAUUCUCUGAGGAGCCCAUGAAAGCAAGAACUUUAUCUGGUGAUCUUCACUUUCUCAACUGGGAGGAUAGGAUGAAAAAAUCCAGUUCUUUGGAGAAGAAGAAAUUUGAAAGGCUUCCAUUAGUAAGUAGAACCCGAGUUCCACUCAUUACUUUGCCACCUCCUGAUGAGCCGACUGACUUGGAUUCUUGCUCAUAUGUGAUCAGUUGUGACACACAAGAGUCCUCUGAUUCCUCUAUCUUCAGCUUGUAUGAAGAGCCAGCAUUACUGCCUUUUAGCUUUGAGUCUGAGAACCAAAGUGAAACUCUUUGCUUUGAAGAUUCUGGAAAAGAUACCCAAGAAAGUCUUUCACCUCUCAGUAAUCUGUAUACCCAAAGCAAAUGGCUAAAAUAUCAGACCACAUCACAAGGCAACCUGGCUACUCCAGACAGAGUGGAUAUGACAUUUAGUGACAGCUUCUUUCCUGAGGCUGUUUCUGGGAUAAAUUUUAUUGACUCGAGUGAAAGGCAGAGUGGUGUUACAAAUAAAGGAUCUUUAGACUGUGUGCAUUUGCAUUUGAUAAAAGGCAUGCUCUAUCAACAGCAGGAUUUUAGCAGUCACGAUUCAGUUUCCAGAAAGACAGCUUUCUCUCUGAAUUUAGAGCAGAUUUCCAGAACUGAAGCCAUUCAGAAUAUGUUAGGAGAGUCUGCCUGCUCUAACUGCCCUGUAACAGGAGAUGCACAGGAGAUAAAUACCUUGGAACUCUCAUUCCCAAGUGGGCAAAAAAUAAAGUCUGCUUAUCUUCCCCAGAGACAAAUUCAUAUACCGGCUGUUUUUCAGUCUCCUGCCCAUUAUAAGCAGGUUUUUACAUCUUGCCUCAUAGAACAUCUAAAUAUAUUGUUGUUUGUACUGUCACAAAGACUGUACAAAGCUCUUUCAAAAGUUGACAUAUCAUUUUACACAUCUUCAAAAGAAGAGAAACAAAAAAAUGUGGAAAACAGCGUGCCACUCUGCCAUCAUCAUCAGCCUGCAAAACUUGUCAUGGUUAAAAAAGAAGGUCCAAAUAAGGGUCGUCUCUUUUAUACAUGUGAUGGAUCCAAAGCUGACCGAUGUAACUUUUUCAGGUGGCUUGAAGAAGUGACACAAGCAGGGUUAAGACAGGUGGAAUCUCGACCCAACAUGGUUUUAAGUGAUACAAAGAGUAUUGGCUUGUAUUUAAGAAGCCAAAAGAUACCACUUUAUGAAGAAUGUCAGCUUUUGGUUAGGAAAGGAUAUGAUUUUCAGGGGAAACGGUAUGGCAAAUUAAAGAAGUAUAGUACUGAAAAUCCUGAACUUUUUAAUGAACCAAAAAGUAAACUAUAUCUUAAAUUAAGUAGAAAGGAAAGUUCUUCUACUUACAGCAAAGAUGAUCUUUGGGUGGUUUCAAAAACUCUAGACUUUGAACUAGAUACUUUUAUCGCCCACAGUGCUUUUUUUGGACCAUCAUCUAUGAAUGAAGUGGAGCUACUGCCUUUGAAAGGCUAUUUCCCUUCUAAUUGGCCCACUAACACAGUGGUCCAUGCACUAUUGGUUUGUAAUGCUAGCACAGAGCUGACUACUUUAAAAAAUAUUCAAAAUUACUUUAAUCCAUCUACUCUACCUCUAACACAGCACCUGUUAACAAUGUCUUCACCAACUGCUGUCAGCAAUAAGAGAGUCAAUAAGAAAUUUAUCCCACCAGCCUUUAAAAAUUCCAGCACAAAAUUUGAAAUAAGCCAAGAAACAGCAUUGCAUUUAGCGAGUGAGUUGAUCGAGGUAUACAAGUUAAACCAGGAUCAAGCUUCAGCUCUAAUUCAAAUAGCUCAGAUGAUGGUAUCACAUGAAAGUACUGAAGUGGAGGAAUUGAGGACUUGUGCCCUCCCCAUCACAAUCAUACAUGGUGUUUUUGGAGCAGGGAAGAGUUAUUUGCUGGCAGUGGUAAUUUUGUUCUUUGUUCAGCUAUUUGAAAUGAGUGAAGCUCCUCCAGUUGGAAAUGUAAGACAAUGGAAACUUCUGAUUUCAUCUUCCACCAAUGUAGCUGUUGAUAGAGUACUUCUUGGGCUUCUUAGUCUCGGAUUUGAAAAGUUUGUCAGAGUUGGGAGUGUUAGGAAGAUUGCCAAGCCAAUUUUACCUUAUAGCUUACAUGCUGGCUCGGAGAAUGAAAAUGAGCAAUUAAAAGAACUACAUGCAUUAAUGAAAGAAGACUUAACUCCUAUGGAAAGAGUUUAUGUGAGAAAAAGUAUUGAACAGCAUAAACUAGGAACCAACAAAGCUCUCCUGAAGCAGGUUCGAGUUGUUGGAGUUACCUGUGCAGCCUGCGCCUUCUCGUGCUUGAAUGAUCUUCAGUUUCCUGUGGUUGUGCUGGAUGAGUGUAGUCAAAUGACCGAGCCAGCUUCUCUUCUUCCUAUUGCAAGGUUUGAAUGUGAAAAACUGAUUCUUGUUGGGGACCCCAAACAAUUGCCUCCGACUAUUCAGGGUUCUGACGCUGCUCAUGAAAAUGGUUUGGAACAAACACUUUUCGAUCGACUUUGCUUAAUGGGUCACAAACCAGUUCUUCUAAGAACCCAGUAUCGUUGUCACCCUGCAAUCAGUGCUAUUGCUAAUGAUCUGUUCUAUGAAGGUGACCUCAUGAAUGGGAUUUCAGAAAUGGAAAGGAGCCCUUUAUUGGAAUGGCUACCAACCUUAUGUUUCUAUAAUGUCAAUGGACUUGAGCAGAUUGAAAGAGAUAAUAGCUUUCAUAAUGUGGCAGAAGCUGCUUUUACACUCAAGCUGAUUCAAUCACUGAUUGCAAGUGGAAUAGCAGGCUCUAUGAUUGGGGUGAUAACAUUAUACAAAUCCCAGAUGUACAAGGUUUGUCAUCUACUUAGUGCUGUGGACUUUGAUCAUUCCAAUAUUAAAGCUGUCCAGAUAUCCACGGUGGAUGCUUUUCAGGGAGCUGAAAAGGAGAUAAUUAUUCUGUCCUGUGUAAGGACAAGACAACUAGGAUUCAUUGAUUCAGAAAAAAGAAUGAAUGUGGCAUUGACCAGAGGACGGAGGCAUUUACUAAUUGUGGGAAAUUUAGCCUGCUUACGGAAAAAUCGACUAUGGGGUCGUGUGAUCCAGCACUGCGAAGGAAGAGAAGAUGGACUACAGCAUGCAAGCCAGUAUGAGCCACAGCUGGACCAUCUCUUUAAAGAUUACUUAGAUAAACAAGCUGAAGAAAAACAGAAGAAAUCAAAGUAA